AUGCAUGAUUGUGCAAAUGAUAUUAGUGUGGCUGAGAGAAGUAUUUUACAGCCAAAUACUUCUGUUUCCUCAGAAGGAAUUUUUGAUUUUGAAUGGAAUCAAAAUCUGGAAAGAGUAAUCGUGUGGGAGAAUUCCAAUUCUAGUAUAUGUGAUAAUUCUGAGUCUGUUGUGACUGAUAUGGUUGAGUGUGAAAAUGAUUUUAGUGUGGCUGAGAAUGAUUUUGUUUGCCCUGAUUGUUUAAAAACUUUCAAAUAUAAAUACAAUUUGAAACGCCAUGUAUAUAAAUUUCAUCAUAGUAAUACUACAUUAAUUGAAUCUUUAAAAAAUCAAAGUUCUGUUGUGUGUCAUGGGGAAAGUUUUAGUAGUAUGGUUGAUUGUGCAAAUGAUUUUAGUUUGGCAGAGAGUAAUUUUGUAUGCCCUGAUUGCUUGAAAACUUUCAAAAAUAAAUACAAUUUGAAACGCCAUGCAAAUAAAUUACACUCUAAUAAUACUGCAUUAAUUGAUUCUUUAAAAAGUGAUCGAUCACUAAGCUAUAAAUGUGAGGACUGCCAUCUGAAAUUUAGUGACCUAAAAAAUUUGAAAUAUCAUCAAAAUAAAAUUCAUACUUCGAAAGUCAAUCAAACAGGUAAUUAUGUGUGUCCUCUAUGUUAUGCUAAUUUUGAAAAGCGAGAAAAAAUAUUUCAUUUCAAGAAUGUUCAUGAUGUUGAUAUGAAUCAUACUGCGCUAGAAUUUAAUUCAUUUUAUGAGUGUUUGGCAUGGAAGGCAGAAACUGAAAUAAAUACGAAGUCAAAAUUUGUUUCUUAUGGUACUAAGCAUUGUAAUAUACAUGGUGUAAAAUAUUGUUACGAAAUGUAA